UGCCCAUCUCCAAUUCUCGUGGAGCCUCGCUUGUCGAAAUGGGAAUCAUCAAUCUGGCACAUGAGGCCACUCUCACCAACUCAAAAUGUCUGUGUUCCGGCAACUCCGUCAGCGAGGGGUGUCCCUUGGGCACCUGCGUCGGGCUGUUCAACCUGAUUUUGCUCGUUGUUGUUUCUGCGCAGGUCUUGGUCUUGUCCUUGCUGCGUAUGCCCUGCGUGUCUCUUGCACCACUGUUUCCCUUUGCGAUCCUUUGGCUGUGUGACGGACGGUAUCUGGCUGAGCGAGAGGCUCGUGUAGCCCCUCCAAUCAGGUUAAGAGCUGGAGCCCUAAAGAUACACUUGGAGGUGGUCAUUGCGUGGACUCAGCUGUGGACGACUGCCAAAGACCACGUUGAGGGCUGUCACUGGAAUAGAUCUGGGGGUGACAGACGCGACGGUUGAGAGGCCAGAUUCAUCCCUUCUCGACUCUUUGACGAGUCAGUUGAUGUGCGCAACUCUAUCUGGCAGCUCGCCGCUACGGAGGAUACAUAAUGGGGUUUCUGGGUUUGGGCGAGCCAUCCUGGGGAACCCUCAUCAUCUUCCUGGGAGCAUGGAUCAACCGAGAUUUUACUACCCCGAUAAUACGACCGAUUCAGCAGCCUUACGUCGCUCUCGUGGAAGAUGUCGGUCAUGAGAUGGGACUUGAGGCCCAGGGCCCGAUGGGCUCAGGAGACAUAUCCAUUGCAUCUUUCCCUAACGUCGAUCGACAGAGACAUUGGCGUGAAAGAGAGCUGUCUCUCUUCGGGCUGAAAACGACAAUCCAGACACCGAAUACUGCCGUCUUUCGAGACAGGAUGUUCAGCAAGGUGCUUUUGCGCUUCCCCUUUUUGGUAGAGAUCGUUUACUGGGCUCUCAUAUACGGCGUCUAUCAGUUUGCUCGAGGCCAGUUGGCUAUUAGACUGGUCGACCAGACUGUCAACACAGCUUGCCAUCAUGCCCUGGCUGUUAUCAAACUAGAGAAGCGGCUGCAUAUCUUCUGGGAGCUGACCAUCCAGCAAUUUUUCCUCCAGUUCCCCAGGUUGAUGUGGUGGAUCAACCGAAUCUACAGCUUUGUCCACCUCCCCGCAACGAUAACCUUCUUGGUCGGCUUGUACUAUUUCGCCAUCACGCGCAACCGGUCCAACGUCAGUGGGCACUCGGCUGAUCAGGCACGAAGCUCGAUCGACACUGAACUCUACGAAUCCAGGCGUCGGGCGCUGGCACUUUGCAACCUCUUUGCAUUUUGCGUCUUCAGCAGUUGGCCAUGCAUGCCUCCUCGUCUGUUGGGGGACUCGAAAUUGCCAGGCGAGCCGGGUGAGCUCGCGCGAAGCUUUGGCUUCAUCGACACGAUCCACUCGCGCGACGGAGCUGCCAGCGUUUUCAACACCAGGAAAUGGACCAACCAGCUAGCUGCGAUGCCCUCACUGCAUUUCGGAUAUUCGCUGCUCAUCGGAGUUUCCAUUAUGCGACUUCCUCUCGCCCCGCCGACGAGACGUUACAGGAUGUCCAUCCCGGCCGUUCCAUUCCUCAAAUCCAACCACACUGGUCUCGUCGUCCGGAUCCCCUCGCUUCCCAAAUUGCUCUGCGAGUUCGUCGGCUUCUUGUACCCGUUCUCGAUCUUGAUCGCGAUCAUCGCGACGGCGAAUCACUUCAUCUUGGACGCCGUGGCGGGAGGCAUGAUCUGCUUCUUUGCGCUGCGAUGCAACCAUUUCAUGAAGAACUUCCUGCCCCUCGAGGACUACGUCUUCUGGUGCCUUCGAACGCACAAGCCGGUUCAAGAGCCGGCGGAGCAAAGCGCGCGUCCGGAUGACAAGUCAUAGUUAUUGGGGACAGCGAGCUUGGGCAUCGAUCUUACCGGUCUCACGGAUCAAAAACGCUUGGUAAAGCCUUCUGCAAAGGUAUGAUUGGUAUGUAGCAGCACCGGACACCCAGCCUCGAGCGAAGAUAAUGACCCUGCAGAGACACAGGGACGACGAGCAACAGAGCGGUGCAAGCGAAUCAAACGUAUGGGAGAUACAAGACGGUGAGUGUUCCAGCUAGGCCAGUGAGGCAUCGAACUUCGUCCGCAGCAACAAACGAAGCCUCACGUGGUCAGCUGGCUUUAAUAAUGUAUGGGAACUGGAAUUGGGAAACAAACGAGGUGGACAAUGGAGCCACAGCUGAGUCUGUCGGGGUCAAUUGUAGAUUGAGCGUGAAGAGUAAAUACUAUAUAGUGCGUAUAGCAAGCAGGGAGUCAUAGUUCUAUUUCUAGAGACGCAUCUCCAAUCUGAAGAAACGGGCAACAGAAUCCGAGAGCUCG